AUGGAGAAGCUGAACACUGAAGAUGGACAACUCUUCAUCAAGGUAUGCCUACGUCUUGCCGCUCUCCUGCAUCCCCUUGGAAGGGGGGGGAAGGGAAAAAAGAAGAAGAAGAAGAAGAAAAAGACUCCCCUCCGGUCGUCAGAUGGGAUCAGACGAGAGAAUAGUCGACUAACCGUCUUAUCUUUCUCCUUCAAACAGAAUCUUGCCAGCUUCGUACGAACCCACGAGAAGGCGUUAGCAAACGCCCUACAGCUGCGCCGGCAAUCUACCAGCAAAAAUGCUUUACCUCCGCAAUCGCCGCCUAAUGCCUCGAAUUCUGGUGCCUUUUCCUCCACUUCCUUGACCUUAGCAUCUGCUCUUUCCUUCGGAGCCUUAAAAUUCACCUCUCAGACCAUCAAGCCGGCUAAGCUUACUCUCACCCCUCACCACCUCUUCUACCUUCUGUCCCGUUUCGAGGAUCUGUCUAUUGCCGUGGGGCCCAUGAAUAUCCGCCUGGAAAACAUUCAAACGGAGGUCUCCCAGUCCUAUGUAUCUUUCCUGAACAAGCCCCAGCGGUCCAAGGGCGCGGAUCGUGACUCCAUCCACUCGGUGUCUAGUGUCCGUAGUGUCAUGUCUGGUAUGAGCGGCCUGUGGUCCUCCUUCGGCCUAGGAUCCAAGGACUCUGUUUCCAAAACCGAGAAGGCCCAACUCGCCCUGGAAAACGACCUGAAGUAUCUCUAUUCUGCAUUUACUAAAAUCCCUUGUCUCCGUCUGGCUCCGGAUCACCGUGCCUGCUUGAUCCGUGGAUAUGAAGAGUUUCCCUUUGAUACGGCUGUGCCGUUGCAUGCAUUCAAAAACUUGAGCGCUUUAGAGAUCAUUGACAUAGAUUAUCGUUCAUUCUUCGGCUGGGAUCGUUUGUCUGAGCAGUUGCGAACUCUGACCAUCAAGCGGGCCCAUCUCGAUGACCCCGCCGAUUUGUUGACCAGGAUUGUCUUAGAUGACAUCGACAAGCGUCGCCGACGGUCAGGCAAAUCGCAGCAGUCGCCCACCCUUGGCUGGAACUCCAAUUCCCAAUCAGCAUACCCGCCCGAGGCUAUCUCUGCCCCGGGAUCACCAACCGCAGACACUGCCCUCGCAAGCAGCGCAAGCCCCAGAGCUGUCUCCAUGAUCCGCGCUGAGUCUGAAGGCGCAAGGUUUCGCUCCCGGGCUGGGAGUGUUUCGCCUCCGCGACCUCCUACAAAGCAUGGGCAUCGCCGUGGCCAGUCGGGUCGAAUCCAACGCACUGGCUCGGGCAGUUCAAACUCAAGCGACACCUCAGCUGGCUAUCGCACCGGCAGCUCGUCGACUCUCCUCCCCGGCGUCAUGCCACCCUCGAAAUGGCGAUUCCUGCGACACCUCGGUCUCCCGGAGAACUCGCUGACUAGCGUUUCUACUGCCAGUCUAGCCCCGGUGGCUAAUACCUUGAACUCGCUGGACUUGUCGUCGAAUCUUCUCAUCGAGAUUCCGGACAGCCUUGCGUCUCUCAUGUCGCUGCGCGCCCUGAACCUGUCUCACUGUAUGAUAGAGUCUUUACACUCUCUUUCGCGCAGCCCCCUCCCCGCAAUCACCGCCCUCAAUCUACGCGGUAACCGACUUCGGUCACUUGCCGGCAUUGAGCGACUUCUUUCUCUCGAGAGAUUGGAUAUCCGGGAUAACAACCUCAUGGAUCCGACGGAAAUGGCCCGGCUUACCAGUCUCCCUGAGAUACGGGAGAUUUGGGUGUCCGGAAACCCGUUCGUGAAGACUCAUUCAGGCUACCGCGUCGUGAUCAUGAAUCUGUUCCGCCGGACCCCCGGGUAUGCAGAGGACAUGAUCAUCGACGGCCGAGGCCCAGGCUAUACUGAGCGAAAGCAAUUAGCUGAUCGCGUCGCUGAACCAGAGGGCGCUCCAGUGGUUCGUUCCAGUGCGGCUGAUCAGUCUGCCUUGGUUCAUAAGGCCCUCCCGCCGAUUCCACCCCUUCUUCAAGGAACUCCUUUACCCAAGUCAAGCGAAGACGCCAGUCCGCCUAUCGCUAAGACCACCUCGCGGAAUGAGGACGAGGGAACCAACCGUGGAAAGAAAACUCAGCGCCGCAAGAUUGUGAAUCUUUCUACAGAUGGUGCCUACAGCCCGGAUGGCCUCGGUGGCCCAGGUCCCACGGUCCCUCAGAACCUUCCUAUCCAACAGAUCCAUGCUCCGACUCAGACCGCCUUUGUUCUUCCUCAUGAGCACCAAUGGAAGCAGGAUACUAGUACAGUGUCCUCUGGCUCUUCUAGUAUCCAGGGCCCGGCGAAGCAAACCUACUCUCCUAGUCUGUCUCCUCUUCAGUCCACUGUGGUACAGCCUGGCCUUAGUAAAGACUGGGGUUUGGAUGAAGAAGUAUGUCGACAGCAGUUGGAAGCUCUGCAGCACGACGUCGGACAUGGCUGGUUCACCGUGCUCGGCGAGCACCCCUGGGAUAACUCCCAGAAGGAACUUGCUGCACAUCUGGUAGCUCCAGAGUUGGGUCACCCCGCCAUCCCCACUACUACGCUUCCUCGAGGCCCACGUCAGCCAAUCCUGAGCGCUGGCCGUACCUUGAGUGGGUAA